CUCUGGUGGCAGAGGGAGGGGUACGUGUUGAGAGGGUUGUUGUGUGCUGGGGACAGGCAGCGCUGCCAAGGUCGGUGAAAGUCCUGCUCAGACCAAGACUUCGGUUCAUCAGAUCCUAAAAAGUACCACCCCAAGUGACAUACAGAGACAAAGAGAAAGCGGAUGAUAUAGACAGCAACCCGAGGGCCUCCACCAGAGAAGAAACCAAAUGGGGAAUCUGUUAAAAGUGCUCACUUGCACAGAGCUUGAACAGGGGCCAAAUUUUUUCCUUGACUUUGAAAAUGCACAGCCGACAGAAGGAGAGUGUGAGGUGUGGAACCAGGUGAACACUGUCCUCCGGGACUCUGAAAGCAUCCUGUCUGGCCUACAGGCGUACAAAGGAGCAGGCCAGGAGAUCAGAGAUGCAAUUCAAAACCCUAAUGACUUCAUGCUGCAGGAGCGAGCCUGGGACUCGGUCUGCCCGCUGGUCAUCAAACUCAAAAAGUUCUACAGUUUCUCUCUCAGACUAGAGAAGGCUCUGCAGAGUUUGCUGGAGUCCCUGACAUGUCCGCCAUUCACGCCCACUCAGCACCUGGAGAGGGAGCAGGCGCUGGCCAAACAGUUUGCUGAGAUCCUUCACUUCACUCUGCGCUUUGAUGAGCUGAAGAUGAGAAUUCCUGCCAUCCAGAAUGACUUCAGCUACUACAGAAGAACCAUCAGUCGAAACCGGAUAAACAACAUGAAUUUGGACAUUGAGAGUGAAGUCAACAACGAGAUGGCCAACAGGAUGUCUCUGUUCUACGCCGAAGCUACGCCCAUGCUGAAAACACUCAGCAACGCAACCACAAACUUUGUGACUGAGAACAAGACUCUUCCACUGGAGAACACAACAGACUGUCUCAGCACCAUGGCCAGCGUCUGUAAAGUCAUGCUGGAGACGCCGGAAUAUUCGAGCCGUUUCAGCAGCGAGGACACGGUCUUGUUCUGCAUGAGGGUCAUGGUCGGAGUCAUCAUUCUUUAUGACCAUGUCCACCCCAAUGGUGCCUUCAACAAGUCCUCCAAGAUAGACAUGAAAGGCUGCAUAAAAGUCCUGAAGGACCAGCCGGCAGACAACGUAGAAGGCCUCCUGAAUGCCCUCAAAUUCACCACAAAACACCUGAACGACGAAUCCACUCCAAAGAACAUCCGGACGAUGCUCCAGUAAUGUCGGUUCUUUUUUUUUUUCUUUUUUUUUUUUAUAUAAAUAGAUAUGAAGAGGAUCAAUGCUCUGACCUCAAAUAAGAUGUAUAUGUUUACAUUAUUUAAAAAAGACUUGAUGUUAAUACUUGUGUGUAUUUGCAUAGUCAUUCCCUCAAAGCUAUUGAACCCUGCAGAACAUGUACCUUCUACUUAGCAAAAAAAAAAAAAUCUGAAAGCAUUACAUGAAAUGCCUCUACUGUUAAUAGCUGUCAAAGCACAAAUGAUGGACACCUAUCAGCCUUAUAUCACUGAGCAAGCAACACUUCAUGGCAGCAUAAAAAUGUCCUUUAAAAAAAACUUUUCAGGAUUUUAUUUCACAGUGGAAUUAUUUAGUGUCCAGGUAUUAACCAAAUUCAGUCUGGGUUUGUGAAGCAAAAUAAAUCUUUGUUUAAAUUCUGACACGUUCUCACUUAUAUUACAAUGACAAUUCAGCACGUAUUGAAACAAGUGAAGUUGUUUGUGUGUUUUCACUUGAUCUACAAAGAAUACAAUAUAAUGACAGAAUAUGAAAUCAAUCAAUGUUGAGACGGGCAUUUUUGUUGCAGUGAAGGGCUUAAUGUUGAAAGCAGAUAAGGGACUGAUCGGUUUGAUGUACGUAUUGCUAAAAGCAUUAGGGUGUUUUCUCAUUUUCUAGCCAGCUGUUGUAUGUGUCUCUUUAUUUUCAAACUCCAAGCUCGUGCAACUGUAAAAAUAAAUAAAUAAAACUCCACUGUGAACAUAAAACUUACUUUGCACAUCCAGAAAGAUCCUGCAUGUCAAGGUUUGCUUUAACUUAAGAGGUUUUGCUGAUUGGGAGCGGCGUGAUAAUGAAACAAAAUCAAAUCAACCCACCAAAUGUUUUAUUUGAAUUGUAGCAGUGCUCUGAAUGAUAGUUGUGUGUUUUGCCAUGUUUUUUCGUGGCUUUUGUAUUAAACAGAAAAUGCAUUUCUCUAAAAAAAAGGCCAAAAAAUCUUUUAAUUCUGAAUAAAUGAUAUGUACUUCUUAACUGAACUUUUUUUUUUUUUUUUUUAAGAGCCAUUUUUCUCCCAAAAAAGGAAGAGAAAAAAAAAUCUGUUUAACCCUCUGGAUCUAUUCCCAGAUUCACCUUGUCUCCACUGGCGAGACCAAUGUUACGAGGUUAAUUUUUAAAAUAUGAAUUUAGUUUAACAUGUUUGAGUUUACGAAGUCCCUGCAAACUCUGUUAAUCAUUUUUUAAGUAUCAGGCUAUGGUCAGGACUGUUUCAUAGCCUGAGAAAUUAUAGUUUGAAAUAAUUUACACUGCAAAAUUUGCCUUAAAUUAGACUUCACAACUUUCAAAACUCUUAAGUAUGUCUGCCUUCUUCUUUUGUGAGCGUGAUCACGGUGGGAAUCUGUUGUGUAUUAAUGGUAUAAUCGUUCAUACUAGCAUUUCAACAUAGAUGUUCCUGAUUGUUGUUCAUUUCCUCAGUUUGCAGCAGCAGCAGCUCCUAACAUACUCAAACUAACCUGCUCAUGAGGACGGACAAUCUCAUCAUUGUUUAAGCUAACUUGUUGUUCAUUUUUACUAUGAUCUCUUUAGUUUUUAGUAAAACUGUUGUAAAGCCUUCUACUUUACUAGAGGAAUUACUGAGCAGAUUUCUUUGUCUGCUGACUUUAUCCUUUGCUCACACUGCACCACCAUCACACAUGUGAUCUUACAAUAUGGAAAUGUCUGUGUCUUAUCAUGGAGCACAACAUUGCCUUAAAGACUUAACCUGUGGAACCUGAGAAGACAAUAUCUCUAGUUUUCAUCCACAACACAGAAUUACUUUUGUUUUAUUUCCUCCUUAAGCCAUAUAUAUUUAUAUACAUACACAUUAACACGUUAACAUUCAGUUAAUUAACAUCACAUUAACAUGUCAGGUAUUUACCAAUCAUUAAGUCUGUUGUUAAUUUUUUUGAUCAUCUUGUAUUUAGUAAUAUAUAUAGUGUGUGUGUGUGUGUGUGUGUGUGAGAGAGAGUCAUACUUUGAAUGCAAUGUUUUAUAUGCAAUGAGUGAAAACUGUCUAUGGACAAGAAAGCGAGGUGUACGUAUGAUACUGAUAUUUCAUAUCCGACUGAAGUGGUCCCAUCUUCUGUCUUGAUUGAUGUACACAAAGCUUCUCUCUUUACCCAAGAAAUGCUACUGCGUGCUGAAUGCAAGGUGUUUUUGAAUACUGAGACAAAAUCAGUGUGUUCGUCUUAAACUGACAAGUUAUUGUUUAAUAUUUUUGGAGUUCAGACUCAAUUGUUUAUAUAAAUUGCUUUGGCUUUGUAUUGCAUAUUGAAUUCGAUGUGUGGAUUGGAAAAUAAAGGUGGUACAUUUG